CAUUCCCCCAGAACUACAUAGGUACUUCUACAAAAUAAGAACACAAUACCUUUUCUAUCAUCGUUGUUCCAUCAUAUCUACCUAGACCCCCCCAACAAACCUAACUUCCACUAAAUCACCCUCUCUAUCUUUCAUCACGAUGUCUACCCCCUACCAACCUAAUCAAUCCACCUCCAUUUCAAUCGCCAGCACGUCCAAAUCACUCCUACUGGCCCCCGGGGACUACCCACGGGACACAUCCAAGAAGGUCCGGUACGCAGAUAAUACCGCGCAGCCAAGAAACUGGCCCGAACGCCAACUGAGCUCCGAGCAAAACAGUUACCGUUACCAAGAGCCGCGGGAAAGACUCGGAGGAGAUCGAUACGGACGCCGCGGCAAGAGGAUACAAGACAGCGGGAACGGAGGGUUAUCCGAACAACAAAAACAGCAGCAGCAGCAGCAGCAGCAAGACCACGGGCUGAAGUACCCAAAUGGGGAGAUGUCCGGGAUUGUUCGCGGUCCGAAAGAGGAGCAAACCGGUCACGGCAAGCGUGUCUUCUCCGUGUCCGACGUGCAGCCCCGAGACAAGGAAAGCCACGACAAAUACAUCGCCCUCUGCAGGAAAAGGUACGGAUGCGGCUACCGCAUCCACUUCGGCUUCGACGCGUCUCCAGAAGAAGAGGAAGUGGGAGAAGCGGCAGGAGCGGGAGAGGGGGAGGGAAACGCGACAGAAGCGGAAGAAAUAGAGGGGAAAGUGGAAGUGCAGGAGGUAGAGGACAUCCAUCAAGAGCAAGAGCGCGCAGCGUGCCCCCCUCCAGACUACCCCCCUCCAGCCUGCCCUCCUCAAGACCAAGACGAAAGCACCACGCAGAGCUUCGACAGCGCAGACUUCCCCUACUGGCAGAACGACCUCCACCGCGAGCGCUGGCAGCACGAGCUCGUGCGCGAGGUCGUGCACCUCAAGUACCAACUCCUCGACGAGACCCAGGGCCCGCUGCUCCGGCAGGCCCGCGACCUCCUGCGCGCCGAGAAGGUCGAGCUCUGGUUCCGGUUCAAGGAGCUUGAGCUCACGCAGAAGAUGCACAGGGCCAAACAGACGCUGAAGGGACUGGAGGAGAAGGUCAAGGAGAAGACGAAGAAGGCUGAGAGGGUGGUGUAGGGGCAAAGAGAAAAAGAAAUAUAUAAAAAGUUUUAUGGAUAAAGUUUGUUUGUCCGGCUGAGGUCGGGAUACUACAGCGGAUGUCAGCGAAUCUCAUCGCUCGGUUGGGUUGGAGACAGCCUUUGUGUUUUAUUGUUUUAGAUUUGGGAUAUCUUGGGUACCAGAUAAUUAAGCGGAGUUGGCAUGAGUUUUGCGAACAGACGAUCACAGAACUUUAGCUA